UGUGCCAUGGAACCCUGCCACAGCGGCAUGGAGACCGUGGGCAAGUUCGAAUUCUCCCGAAAGGACUUGAUCGGGCACGGGGCAUUCGCCGUGGUCUUCAAGGGCCGCCACCGGGAGAAGCACGAUCUGGAGGUGGCCGUCAAGUGCAUCAACAAGAAGAACCUCGCCAAGUCGCAGACUCUGCUGGGGAAGGAGAUCAAAAUCCUGAAGGAGCUGAAACAUGAAAACAUUGUGGCGUUGUACGAUUUCCAGGAAAUGGCCAAUUCUGUCUACCUGGUCAUGGAGUACUGCAAUGGUGGGGACCUGGCUGACUACCUACAGACCAUGCGCACGCUCAGCGAGGACACCAUCCGGCUCUUCCUGCAGCAGAUUGCGGGCGCCAUGCAGCUCCUACACAGCAAGGGCAUCAUCCACCGGGACCUGAAGCCCCAGAACAUCCUGCUGUCCAACCCUGGUGGGCGCCGCGCGAACCCCAACAACAUCCGCGUCAAGAUCGCUGACUUCGGCUUUGCGAGGUAUCUGCAGAGUAACAUGAUGGCAGCCACGCUCUGCGGCUCCCCGAUGUACAUGGCGCCGGAAGUCAUUAUGUCCCAGCACUAUGACGGGAAGGCCGACCUGUGGAGCAUUGGCACCAUUGUCUACCAGUGUCUGACGGGGAAGGCGCCUUUCCAGGCCAGCAGCCCCCAGGACCUGCGGCUCUUCUACGAGAAGAACAAGAUGUUGAUCCCCACCAUCCCUCGGGAGACCUCAGCUCCCCUGAGGCACCUGCUCCUGGGACUGCUGCAGCGGAACCACAAGGACCGCAUGGACUUCGAUGAGUUCUUCCAUCACCCGUUCCUUGACGCCAGCUCUUCUGUCAAAAAGUCUCCCCCGGUGCCCGUGCCCUCGUACCCCAGCUCCGGUUCCGGCAGCAGCUCUAGCAGCAGCUCCACCUCACACCUGGCCUCCCCGCCGUCCCUUGGGGAGAUUCAGCAGCUGCAGAAGACCCUGACAUCCCCGGCCGCUGCCUUCCUGCAAGGCUCCCGAGACUCAGGUGGUAGCAGCAAGGAUUCAUCUUGUGACACCGAUGACUUUGUCAUGGUCCCGGCCCAGUUUCCAGGUGAACUGGGAGCUGAAGUGGCUGGUGCCAAGCCCCCUCUAGACAGCCUGCUGUGCAGCGGGAGCUCAUUGGUGGCCUCCGCUGGCCUGGAGAGUCAUGGCCGGACCCCAUCACCUUCCCCACCUUACAGUGGCUCCCCUAGCCCCUCAGGGCGGGCCGGCCCCUCUAGCAGCAGGUAUGGCGUGUCCGUCCCCAUCCCGGUCCCCACACAGGUCCACAACUACCAGCGCAUUGAGCAGAAUCUGCAGUCUCCUGGCCAGUACACCAUGGCACCCCGGUCCACUACCGUCCGCAGGUCGGGCAGCACUAGCCCACUGGGCUUUGCCCGUGCCAGCCCCUCACCCCCAUCCCACACUGAGCAUGGAGCCGCCCUGGCCAGGAAGUUCUCACUGGGCGGUGCCCGGCCCUACACACCCUCUCCCCAAGUUGGAACCAUCCCUGAGAGGCCUGCCUCCGGUGGGACACCCUCCCCACAAGGAGCUGAGUUGAGGGGCAGCAAGUUCCCGAGGCCAGGCUCCUCUGCACCUGAACACUCACCCCGGGUCACUGGGAUGGGCUGCCGACUAUGCAGCGCCCCCAACCUCUUGGACUUGCAUGUUGUGCGCCCGAAGCUGCCCAAGUCCCCCACAGACCUACUGGGGACUGCGUUUGGCACUCGACAGGCCAGCCCCCCGCUGUCAGCCUGCCGGCCUUUGCGUGGCUCACCCAAGUUCUCCGAGUUCCUGCAGCGGAGCCCCUUGCCCCCCAUCAUGGGGUCCCCAACGAAGGCCGGCCCAUCCUUUGACUUCCCCAAGACACCCAGCUCCCAGAACCUGUUAGCCCUCUUGGCCCGCCAGGGUGUGGUGGUGGCACCCCCUCGGAACCUCACGCUCCCCGACCUGACGGAGGGCGGGCCCUUCCAGGCACAGCCGCUGGGCUCUGGGCUGCGGCCGCCUGAGGAGGCCAAGGGCCCUUUCGGCAGGUCCCUGAGCACCGGCCGCCUCACCGACCUGCUCCUGAAGGCAGCCUUCGGCACACAGGCCCCAGACUCGGGCAGCACCGACAGCUUGCAGGAGAAGCCCAUGGAGAUAGCUCCCUCCACUGGCUUUGGAGGAAACCUACACCCCGGGGCCCGUGCUGGGGGCGCCAGCAGCCCCUCCCCUGUGGUGUUCACCGUGGGCUCCCCCCCAAGUGGGACCACGCCACCUCAGGGCCAUCGUACACGCAUGUUCUCAGUGGGUUCUUCAGGUUCCCUCAGCUCAGCCGGGUCCUCCUCUGGCCGCCAUCUCCUGCCCGGGGCCUGUAAUGAGGGUACCGCCACUGAACCCCCCAUCCCAGGACACUGCUGUAGCUUUGCUGACCCCAUUGCUGCAAACCUGGAAGGAGUUGUGACCUUUGAGGCCCCUGACCUGCCUGAGGAGACCCUCAUGGAGCAAGAGCACACAGAGACGCUGCAUGGGCUACGCUUCACGCUGGCCUUCGUCCAGCAUGUGUUGGAGAUCGCUGCCCUGAAGGGCAGCGCUGGGGAAGUGGCCGUUGGCCCCGAGUACCAACUGCAGGAGAGCCUGGUAGCUGACCAGAUCAGCCAGCUGAGCCGCGAGUGGAGCUUUGCAGAGCAGCUGGUGCUGUACCUCAAGGUGGCCGAGCUAUUGUCUGCGGGACUGCAGACGGCCAUUGAGCAGAUCCGGGCAGGCAAGCUCUGCCUGUCGUCCACCGUGAAGCAGGUGGUCCGCAAGCUGAACGAGCUGUACAAGUCGAGCGUGCUGUCCUGCCAGAGCCUGAGCCUGCGGCUGCAGAGGUUCUUCGUGGACAAGCAGCGGCUCAUGGACCGUGUGCACAGCAUCACGGCAGAGAAGCUCAUCUUCAGCUAUGCUGUGCAGAUGGUGCAGUCAGCAGCGCUGGAUGAGAUGUUCCACCACCGGGAGGACUGUGUGCAGCGCUACCACAAGGCCCUGCUGCUCAUGGAGGGGCUGCAGCAGAUCCUCACAGACCAGACGGACGUGGAAAACAUUGCCAAGUGUAAGCUGUGCAUCGAGCGGAGACUCUCAGCCCUCCUGACUGGCUUCUGUGACCUCGCGCUGUUGCCUACAGGCAGCGGAGGGCGAAGCCCCGCCCACCCUUGCUGGCGGCCCCGCCCUAGUACCGCCCAGCCCCUUACGCUCACAAGACCCCUGUGCCGCCUGCGGUUGGCGGAGAGUCGGGCCCGCCUACUCUCCGCCCAGAGGAGCUUUGUCCCAGUUAGGCCGCCAUCCACUUUCCGCCGCACUUCCUCCUUUGCCCACGUGGUCCGGCUUCAGCUCAGGCUGCGGCUCCGUGAGUGGGGACGAGAGAGGGCGCGUCCCGCUUGUCCCGACCCGGUUUCAUGGGUGACCCCACUUCCUCGAGAAAGCCGACCCGUGAAGGGAAUGGGCGAGGGUGGAGAGAGGAGGAGGAGGCAGGGCUGUGAGGUCGGAGGUCAACCACGGGGUCAGGAGGCCGUCAUAGGUUAA